CUUUCAUUCAGCCAGGCCUUCUCUCUCUCUCUUUCUCUCUCUUUCUCUGCUCUCUCCAAGAAGGCGAUCACCUCGUCUGGACCUCUCCAGAAACUUCUGGAGUUUUGCUCACGACAUAAAGAGAGAAAGUAGAGACCACUCAGAGGUUGGAGGAAGAUAUCCGAAGGAAGGAGAGACACGAACGAACCGACACAAGCCGACAUGGCUCUGAUGUGCUACAACAAAGGCUGUGGAGUCAAGUUUGACGCCAACCAGAACAAGGACGACUCCUGCCUCUUCCAUCCAGGUGUUCCCAUCUUUCACGAUGCUCUGAAGGGUUGGUCCUGCUGUAGGAAGCGAACGACAGACUUCUCUGAGUUUCUUUCCAUCAAGGGCUGCACCCGCGGGCGCCACAGCAACGAGAAGCCCCAGGAGCCUUUGCGGCCGGAGGUGUUGUCAGAUAAGGGCGAGAUUAAACAGACCAACGGCCCAGAGAUAAUCUACCAGGGACCCAAAUCUGCCGAGAAGCUGCAGAAAGAGAGACCGAGUUCAGACGAGCCGAAGAUCAAACUGCCACAAAAAGUGUCGCCGUCGCUGACUCAGGUUCUGGAGAAACUGGACCUCAACAAGAAAGAGGAGGAACAGAAGAAAGAGAGUCAGACGGUCAUGCCAGGAACCCGAUGCAAGAACGCCGGAUGUAAAACAGCCUAUGAAGGCCCGAAGACGAACGCAGACGUCUGCGCCCACCACCCCGGAGUUCCCGUCUUCCACGAGGGAUAUAAGUACUGGAGCUGCUGCUGCAUAAAGACAAUAGACUUCAACGCUUUCCUCGACCAGAAGGGCUGCACCUCGGGGAAACACUGCUGGAUCCCGAAGAAGGACAAGAAGAAGGUUGCAUGUCGACACGACUGGCACCAGACAGGAAAUAACGUUGUUGUAACAGUUUACGCCAAGAACCCAAACCCAGAACUGUGCAGCAUAGAGGCCAACCGCACAGUGCUCGCAUGUCAAAUCCAGUUUGAGGACAAUAAGAUUUUCAAGAGGGAGUUCCACCUCUGGGGGGUGAUGGACGUCAAACACAGCUCGGUCAACAUGGUCCCAUCCAAAGUGGAGAUCACCCUCCGUAAGGCCGACCAGGUGGCCUGGGGAAAACUCGAGGACCCGAACUACAAGCCCGAGCCCGAGCCGGUAGACGACGUCGAACCCACAGAGGAGAUCAAGCCCGACUGGGACAUCGACGACGACGACAUCAGCGACUCGGACGACGAAUGGGCCCACGACACGGGGAGGAAGAAGACGGAGGAGGAGAAGGCCAAAGACGAGGAGAGGAAGAAAGAGGAAGUGGCCCAAAAGAGGAAGGAGGUGGAGGAGGACAUGAAGAGGGCGAUGGAGGAGAGGAAGAAGGCGGAGGAGGAGAAGAAGAAACUGGAGGAGCAGAGGAGGCAGGAGGAGCAAGAGGGAGGAUUCGAAGACAUGCCAGAGCUUGAGGACAUUUGAUUUGCGUUAGCAAGUAAAUUAAAUGUUGAUUUCUGAAAUAAUUACAACUCUCAAGCUGCAACCACUUCUUCACUCGUUCAGGAGAAAUUUACCUACAAACACACUGGAUCUUUAAUUUCUUUUUAAUUUAAUUUUAAUGCUUGGAAUGAAAAAGUUUUUCUCCAAUAAAUUAAAAACUUCACUGUC